GCAGAUCCGGGUUGCGGACACCCGCCGACCACAGUGGAGCGCGUGGAGCCGGCCGUGGAAUUCGGCUCAGAGGACAUGACAGCCACCAUCCUGCACCUGCAUCUGCUGCUGGUGGCCCUGGGGACACUCAUCUGUGCCCUGAUGCUCCUGCUCCUCCUCAAAAGGUUCGUGGGGACCUGUGAUCUGUUCCCCACAAUCCCACAGGUGAGGGACAAAGUAAGCGACAACCACCAGCAGACUGUCUGGGAGGAUUUUGUGCGGGGACCGGGGAAAGGUGAGGACGAAGAGGUCCUGACCGUAGAAGAGGUGUCGAAUCCCUUUGGUGGCCAUGUGUGAACCAGGUGGACACUUCCGGUCCACUAUUAUGGAAAUUUCUUGUGAUGUUCCAAGACUUUAUAGAACUUUCUUUUUACUGAAAAAAAAUUAAAAUGAAAACAAAUACGGUGUUUGCAGAUUCCUGUCCCCUUUGGAUGUGACCAUGGAUAGGAGGUGUAGUGACCUCCAUCAGAGCUGGCCUCUCUGUCACAGGUUUGAAUCUGUCACCUCCAUGAUGGUGGCCGAAGGGGGCUGGGACCUUUGUCUCGGCCCUGUCACUCUCUCUCGUCACAUGGUUUUUGGCUUCUGUCCCCACCCCCACCCCAUCAGU